UCCACAGUGAAAAAAAGUGAAACGAGAAGCGGCCAAAGCAAACGCGAUGCCGGCCGCCGGCGCCACGCCCCGCUCGUGCGCGUCCACGUCCAGGCAUGACGCGCCCCUGCACCUCAUCUUCGUGCCCUUCCUCUCGCGCAGCCACUUCGCUCCACUGGCAGCCCAGGCCGCCGCCGCCGCCGCCGUCUCCCCCGGCGGCGGCUCCGGCAGCGUCACCAUCCUCACCACCCCCCACUUCGCGGCCCUCGCGCCGGCCUCCGUGCGCGUCCGCGAGGCGCCGGUGCGCUUCCCGGUCGAGGACUUCUCUCUGCUUCCCGAGGAUGACGACGGGGCAGCGUCCGCGCCGGCGUUCUUCGCCGCCGCGCAGGCCGCGCUGGCGCCGGCGCUCGCGGAGGCCGUCCGCGCCAUCAUCGCCCAAGACGCCGGCGCGGCCGUGGCCGUGGUCUCGGACGCCGUGCUACACUGGUCCCCCGGCGUGGCCCGCGAGUGCGGCGUCCCGCACGUGACGUUCCACACCAUCGGCGCCUUCGCCGCGGCCGCCAUGGUCGCCUCGGCCCACCUCCACCGCCCCGGCCCCGGCCCGGCCGCCGUCCUACUCCCCGGCGGCUUCCCGGCCCAAGGCCAACUGAAGCUCCGCAGAGCCCACGUCGACGAGCAGGCUCUGGCCCACCUCCCCAUCUUCCGCGCCGCGGAGGCCCAGAGCCACGCCGUCGUCUUCAACACCUUCUCCGCUCUCGAGGCCGACUUCGCCGAGUACUACCGAACCGCGGACAACGACGGCUCCCCCACGAAGGUUUUCCUCGUCGGCCCCAGACGCACCGGCGGAGGUGUUACCACGGGAUCAGCCGCAGAGAGAGACCCGAUACUGCAGUGGCUCGACGGGCAGGAAGCCGGGUCGGUGGUGUACGCCUGCUUCGGCAGCACGUGCGGGCUGAGCUCCAGCCAGCUCAAGGAGCUCGCUGCUGGGCUGCGCGCGUCCGGGAUGCCGUUCCUCUGGGUGAUCCCGACGAUGCCCACGGAGGAUUUGCAAGAGGAGCGCGCGUCCAGGAACGGCAUGGUGGUGGCCGGGCGAUGGGCGCCGCAGGGGGAGAUCCUGGCGCACGGCGCGGUAGGGGGAUUCGUGAGCCACUGCGGCUGGAACUCGGCGCUGGACGCGCUCUGCGCCGGGGUGCCGCUCGCCACGUGGCCGCUCCGCGCCGACCAGUUCCUUAACGAGGCGCUCCUCGUCGACGUGCUCCGCGUCGGCGUCAGGGUGCGGGAGGUGGCAUGCCAGGCGGACGGGGGCGCCGUGGUGCCGGCCGAGGCGGUGGCCGGCGCGGUGGGGAAGCUGAUGGCCAGCGACGGUGCCGAUGAGGCGGCGGGGAGGAAGGCGAGGGUGAAGGAGCUCGCUGUGGCGGCGCGCGCAGCCGUGGAAGAAGGCGGGUCGUCGUGCGGUGACUGGACGCGGCUUGUGGAUGAGCUCAAGGCGUUGCACGGUCUUCCACGAUGAUCCACUUGGCUGACCGACCGACUGUCAAGUGAUGGUUAGUGUUGCCAGGGAACAUGAUGCCGUGCCUGGAACCUACAGCAUGUUAAAGAAAGAUGCAGAUAAAUACAUAAACCCAAAUCAUAACGCGCGUUCGUCUCUGCGCUUACGGUCUCGUGCAGUUCUACACACACAUGCAUGUGUUGCCGUGAUUAAUGUUUGUGUUAGCUUGCACACUACAGUGGAUGUUUAUGCAUGUGUGCAUCAUGCAUGAGUAAGUAUUUGGGGGCAUUUGUAUUUGUUCAUUUUCAAGGUUUAGAAUGUUUUGUAGCGCAUCUCGUCUGUCUGUUUCACAAUCUGUUUUCACCGUUGUCUUCAUAUCAGUGCUUCGAAUCUAGAUCCCAUUUUGGUA